UGUCCCGCCCGCCCUCUGCCAGCAGGUGCACGACGCUCUCGUCUCCUCUACCUCCUGUAUGGUAACUUGUCUCUCUACUCCUCUUGUUAACACCUACAUUGAUACUCUACCUCUUCAGCCAAGACAACUUGUAAUAUGUAAUUACGAAGAUGGGGAAGACGCAGUGUGUUCUGGACCAGUAUGUAAAGGAAGUUGGGGACUUCAGCUCACAGUACGGAAGCGAUGGCUCUAUAUCCUAUGUUGCCAAUAACAUCAUUGGCAAGCCUACGCUUUACCCUGAAUAUGGGGACUUUUCCUCGGCAUAUUGCCUGCGGAGCUACGGCAAGUGGUGGACCAAAUGUGAGUCGGCCAUCACACCCAUUGAAGAUCCUAGACCCCUUCUCCCACCUAGUGUGGACUUCAUUGAUGUUAGAUACGAGUGCCCGGUAUACCCCAUACGAGUAGACUUUUAUGAAACCUAUCACCCGGGAAGUGUGGUGAGAGUCUGGGGGUCGCUGGAAGGUCAAGGAUGGAUACUUCUCUGGUCAGGAGAACCACAAACAGGACUGAAGCCGAUAGCACGAAUCUUCUCGCCACCCAUCAGACAACCUAAUCAUCUCGUGAAUUUGUUGAGAAUAGAGUUUGAUCAGCAGCAUCAGACCUAUUACUCUGCUCUCGACUCCAUCUUGUUGGUGGGCUCAACGCAUACUGCAAGCAAGUCGUUUGUAGCCACAGGAGAUUCUAUAACCUCACAAGUUUUGAAGCUUGGACUCCACACAACUAUGUGUGAGCAAGGUAUACUCGCUGGUGUACAGUUUCUCUUAUCGCAAGAAAAUCUUCAAAAGUUGGUAGCAGAGGAGCCAAGAGAAAUUGAAGAUCUCUUGAGAGAGGAGAAGGCAGAUGUGGUUAAUAUGAUAGUGAAUGAGGAGCAGUCAACAGUAGUACACGUAGCUGGAGACACAUCAACUGAGGUCAUAGCCCAGGCUGUGGAGGAUGAAGGAACAAGUGGAGGUUAUUUUGAAUUAUUGCCUGAGGAGCUUAUUCUCUACAUUCUGCGGCAGGUAGACAUCAGAAGUCUUUGUCGUUUGUCUCACACCUGUAAACUGCUCCAGAAAUAUGCCUCCGAACCUUGUUUGUACAUGCGAUUAAAUCUCAAGAAUUGCUGGUGGUUGGUAAAGAAUUCUACCUUAGAAUGUCUGUCUUCAAGGUGUUCUCUCCUGCAGGCUCUUGACCUCUCCUGGUGUGGGCCUUACAAUGCUCUUGACACAGAAACUUUCAUGGAGUUCAUUCACACAUGUGGGCGACAAUUAACAAUAUUGAGACUUAAUAAUUGUCAUUUUAUUGACAACUACUGCCUUUACAUGAUAGCUAAUGUAUGCCUUUAUCUGGAGGAAUUGAGUAUGGCCAACUGUAGCAAGGUAGACCAUCUAGGAUUUGGCGAGUUGAAGAAGGCGUGGGCUCUUAGCAGGCUGGAUCUUUCUCGCACACGUAUCGAUUUCCACACCCUACAGCUCUUGUUGCAACAUGCGAGCCAACUUCGUCACCUCAGCCUUAAUAACUGUACCCAGCUAGACAUGGAUGAAGUAGCACUUACACUUGCAACAUUCAAUCGGGGCUUAAUAUCACUGAGUGCAUGGAAGACUCAUGGCAUUACUACCAGGGGCUUUCGUGCUCUUGCCUGCAUACCUACUCUCCAAGAUCUGGACCUUGGCUGGGCACUCUCGGGAGCAAUUACAGAAGGAUUAGGAGAGCUUGUCAGAGGGUGCAAAGGCCUAAGGAGACUAUAUCUUACAGCAUUGCGAACACUCACUGAUCAUGAUCUUCACCAGCUGACUACACAUGCAGGGCAGUUAACUCAGCUAGAUAUAAUGGGAACAAGGAAUGUAACUCCAGAAGCUGUUCAAAGACUACUUCACACCUGUCAGAAUCUUGAACUUCUGGAUGUGGGUUUCUGUGAGCAGAUCCAUUCAACAGUUGUGCACCAGUGGAUACUCCAGUUUCCUAAGGUUUCCAUCAAGGGAGGACUGUGGCAUCAAGAGGAUGAGCUGGAGUCCAUGUCUUGUAAGAUACUAUAACAUGAAAUAAAAUGUACUUGUUGUUAAUCUUUAAUAACUUCAGAGUAAAAUUAUUUUUUCACUAUGAAAGGGGAAGUUUCCUAAAGGAUUUAGAAAGGGCAGUUUUUAUUAGUUAUUUAUUCAGAUAAGUCCCAAGCCUGAAGAUUGCUGGAGAUGGACAGCAUGUCAGGACAUGACAAAAUGUAUAUAGUAGUAAACAGAGCAACAUUUGGUACUUACAUUAGUCAGAUUCUGCUUGGGUCUUGGAUACCACUGGUAUGAAGAAAUCCACAAGGGCCGUGAUGAGGGCUCGAACCUACGCCUGGGAUGAUCCCAGAUGCGCCUUAGUCAACUGUGCCACAACAUGGUAACAUAAUUGCAAAAAAUUGUAAAAGAAUUUACCAUGUGGUGGUACAGUUGACUAAGGCAUAUCUGGGAUCAUCCCGGGCAUAGGUUCAAACCCUCAUCACGGCCCUUGUGGAUUUGUUCAUUUGAUAUAUCACGCUAUUGUGAUUUCUGUGUAUACCACUGGUAUGUUAUAGUACAAUAGUCAACAUUACAUUCCUACUUUCAUAGUGGCACUUCAGGAAUUAAUGUAACCUUGCCUUCAUAAUUUAUAGUGAUCUAGUCAGUUGUAUAAUAAAAUUAUAUUUUAUA